CACAGACACACUCAUGCUGUAGACACACCAACCCUAGACAGAAAAGUUACUCAACAAUUUCUCUUGUUUCCUGUCAAGGAACAAAUUUUGAUUGCUGAUAAAAAUUACCACAGCAAGAAGCUCAGGAUGACAUACAAAUUGCUCUACUCCAUGACAUUUUAUUACUUUUAAUGUGACUUGGACACUUACAGUCAAAAGAGAGAGCUGUUAAACUGUUUUUUUUUUUGCAGUGACUUCCUCUUUUCUGUAGUUUUCGUGUAGGUUGCAAGAGCUUCCUUUUUAUUUUCCUUUCUUUUUUUAAUUUUGUUUAAAUCUGAUUUCCAUGCCUUCGGCCAUAAAUGCUGUGGUGGCUCAACAGACAGAGACUGGGUCAGUUCCCAGCACCAACAUUAGCACAACAGCUGAAACGGGAGGAGGUUCAGGGGGUAUCUACUCUGCUAUCAUCAGUCGCAACCAGCCCAUUAUUGGAGUACGGGAAAAGACCUUUGAAGAACUCCACAAGAAAUGCCUGGAAAAGAAGAUUCUUUAUGUGGAUCCUGAUUUCCCACCUAACGAGAGCUCCCUUUUCUACAGCCAGAAAGUACCCAUAAAGUUUGAGUGGAAAAGACCCACAGAAAUCUGUGAGAAUCCACGCUUUAUAAUUGGUGGAGCCAACCGAACUGAUAUUUGUCAAGGAGAAUUAGGUGACUGCUGGUUCCUAGCUGCCAUUGCUUGCCUGACGCUGAAUGAAAAGCUACUCUGCCGAGUAAUACCUCAUGAUCAGACCUUCAUAAAAAACUAUGCUGGGAUCUUUCACUUCCAGUUCUGGCGCUAUGGAAACUGGGUGGACGUUGUCAUUGAUGACUGUUUACCAACAUAUAACAACCAGCUGGUCUUCACCAAAUCGUCCCAGCGCAAUGAAUUCUGGAGUGCUCUGCUGGAAAAAGCCUAUGCAAAACUCCAUGGGUCCUAUGAGGCUUUGAAAGGAGGCAAUACCACAGAGGCCAUGGAGGAUUUCACAGGAGGCGUGACAGAGUUCUAUGAGAUAAAAGAUGCCCCCAAAGAUAUAUACAAGAUCAUGAAACAUGCCAAGGACAGAGGAUCACUCAUGGCCUGCUCCAUUGAUGACAAUAUGGGCUUCUCAUACGGGACUGCUCCUCAAACUGAUCUUGGGAAAUUAAUUGCCCAAAUGGUGAAGAAUGUGAAUAGCAUGCCGAGGACUGACUCAACUCUAGAUUUCCAAGGCACAGAUGAAAGGCCAGCCUGGACUAUAGUCCCAAUGCAGCUUGAGACACGCAUGACUUGUGGGCUAGUCAAAGGACAUGCCUAUUCAGUUACUGCAGUGGAAGAGACAUCAUUUAAAGCAGGAAAAAUAAAGCUAGUGCGGCUAAGGAACCCCUGGGGACAGGUGGAAUGGAAAGGAGCCUGGAGUGACAAUUCAGAUGAAUGGAACUUCGUUGACAAAGCAGAGAAAAUCCGACUACAGUACAGAAUUGCAGAGGAUGGGGAGUUCUGGAUGUCAUUUGACGAUUUCAUGAGGUACUUCACAAAGCUGGAGAUCUGUAACCUCACACCUGAUACUCUGGAGGCUGAUAAGCUCCAAACUUGGACUGUUUCAGUUAAUGAAGGGCGUUGGGUGAGAGGCUGCUCUGCAGGAGGUUGUCGCAAUUAUCCAGAUACAUUUUGGACGAAUCCUCAGUAUCGCUUGGAGCUCCUGGAGGAGGACGAUGAUCCUGAAGAUAAUGAGGUUAUCUGCAGCUUCCUUGUUGCACUGAUGCAGAAAAACAGGAGAAAAGAACGCAAACUUGGAGCCAACCUCCUCACUAUUGGCUUUGCCAUUUAUGAGGUGCCGAAAGAGAUGCAUGGUAACAAGCAGCACUUACAAAAGGAUUUUUUCCUUUACAAUGCCUCCAAAGCUAGAAGUAAGUCAUAUAUAAACAUGCGAGAAAUCUCUGAACGCUUCCGGCUGCCUCCCAAUGAGUAUGUCAUCAUCCCAUCAACAUAUGAACCUCACCAGGAGGGAGAGUUCAUCCUGAGGGUCUUCUCAGAAAAAAGAAGUCUUUCAGAGGAAGUUGAAAACAAGAUAGAAGCAGAACGUCCUUCCAAAAAGAAAAAAGGCAAGCCAAUCAUCUUUGUUUCUGACAGAGCAAACAGCAAUAAGGAGUUGAGAGUUGAUGAAGCAUCUGACAAGGAGAAGAAAAAAACGAGCAGAGAUGAGAAAAAGAAAAGCGAUAAGCGCACUCCAACAAAUGCUGACAAGGAUAGUGAAGAAGAGAAGCAGUUCAGGAAUAUAUUCCAGCAGAUUGCUGGAGAUGACAUGGAGAUCAGUGCUGACGAACUCAGAAGUGUUCUGAAUAGCGUUCUAAAAAAACACAAAGACCUGAAGACAGAAGGGUUUGCGCUGGAGUCCUGCCGCAGCAUGAUUGCCUUAAUGGACACAGACGGUUCAGGGAAAAUAAACUUCGAGGAGUUUCGACACCUCUGGGAUAAGCUGAAAAGCUGGCAGAAAAUUUUCAAACAUUAUGACACAGAUCAUUCUGGCACCAUUAACAGUUACGAGAUGCGUAAUGCAGUCAAAGAUGCAGGAUUCUGCCUGAACAAGCAGCUCUAUGACAUCAUUACAAUGCGCUAUGCUGACAAAAACAUGAACAUUGACUUUGACAGCUUUAUCUGCUGCUUUGUGCGACUGGAAGGAAUGUUCAGGGCAUUCCACGCCUUUGAUAAAGAUGGAGAUGGUAUCAUUAAACUCAAUGUCUUGGAGUGGCUGCAGCUCACCAUGUAUGCUUAAAUCGACCUGGCCUCCCUCCCCUUGUGCAUGAACAUUGCUCACAAUGCUCAGGAUUUCUGUUGGAAGCAACCAGCCUCAGAAUAUGAAGGACUUCCCAACACAGCUGCUUCCCCUGCCAGGAGCCACUGAGCAAAGAACGAUUGUUACCCAAGACAACUUGCACGUUCCAAUGCUGAACUCGAGGAAGGCACAAUAUAAAAAUAGAUGGCAAUACCCUUUAGGAAAGUGACUAGAGCUCACUACCUAAAAACUAGUCUAUUAAUGCCUCGCUGGCAUUUUACUUUUGCAACAAAUGUUUAACUUACUGAUGACAAAACGUAAGCAUUUUUGACAUGUUAAGGUUAGCAUUAGUCACUCCCUACACAACGCACAUGCCUUUCCAGUACAAUGCUGGCAUAUGGAAAAUAUUUUCCCUACCUCUCCAUGGCUAGUAAUUCCAAGUCAACUGUUAGUCCUUAUGCAGGACUAGGUCUGUAUCUGAACUGUGACUGAUAGGUACCACUGCCAUCUUCUCACUCUUCAGUUCCUCUAUUCUAAUUCUGGUUUCAGUAUUGCUAGUACUGCUUCUUCACAACAGUGUACUCAACCAUAAAUCACACUGAUCCUGUGUGUCUUCAUGUGAUGAACCAUCUAGUAUUUUUCCUAUAAUGGCUCAGUGGGGCAGUGUUGAUUUUGUACAAGAACAUAAGUGAUUAAGACAUUAUGGAUAUGUCUACACUGCAACAGAAGGUGAAUAAAUAAAUGUGUUCUUAACCCGGAUUAUCUACAUGGGUUAAAAUGGCAGUGAAGACACUGCAGUGUGGCUUUUAACUGGAGUUAGCAGCUCCAGUUCAAGCCAGUAGGGGCAGCCUGGGUCUGACCUCCAGCUGCUAACCUGAGUUAAAAGGUGCAUUGCUGUGUCUUCAUUGCUAUUUUAACCCCUGUAGAUAAUCCAGGUUAAGAACACAUUUCCCCCCACUCCCUUUAUUUUUUUUUAAAUUUAGAUGUACUUUGUGUACUGACAAGGGCUUGCUGCCUGUUGAAAACAAGACAAAUGAGGCACCAACAAAAUAUGGAGUUAAACUCCCCUCCAUUUUAAAUGGGAACUGUGAGACUAACUCCCUUAGUCGCUUUGGAAAAUCUGACCUGUAAAUACCUUGAUAUUUGGAUACUAAGCUGCCUUAUGACUAUCUAGAAGAGAGACACCCUUCUAUACUAAACAAACAAGUGAUCACUUCCUGUUAUAUUAUACAUUGCCCCAUUGUGUACCAUUGUAUUAUUUUAAACCCUUCAACAGACUAUCAGUGGAACUGAAUCCAAUAACUAAUUGCAAGUUUGCCUAGCUCCCGUCUCACAUGAAAACUGCAUCCUUCAGCUUUUAAGCUUACAAAACUGCACUUUAAUACAAGCAACUUCUGGUCUUUUAGUCUCAACUUCGUUUUUACAAACGUCACUCUAUGAAUGUAAGUUUUAUCUGACAUACUAGUAUUAAUCUAGAACAACUCUACUGUAUCAACUGUUUGCUCCUCAUACCAGCCUAGAUUGUUAGCUUUGGAUCUGUACUACAGUUUAUAAACCAGCCUUAGUUUCAGCACUGAUUUGUUAGGUGGAAAGGAGCUUCCAUGAUUUGAAGCUCUUUUUAAAAGGGCAAUUUGUCAAUUACUGAGCAUCAACUUACCCUGUUGUCUUGAGCUGUCCCCUCUCCCCCACACUUGCAUUGGCUUGUGGGUUUAAGUUAAGCAGAGAGAAAAGCAAGCUUAUCAGAAACCUCAAACUCCUUUCUCCAAAGAGGCCAAAACAUUAGGAUUAUCUAUGUGCCAAGCUACUACUGGAAUCAACGAAGUGGGAAGCUUCUGUGAUUGACAGCAUGCCCAAGAUGGAGAUUUAAAAAGAGAAACUACUACUUUGCAAAACCCACUUUUACCGUUUGUUCUGGGAUAUCUUGGAAGGUGACUCCAAGGCCAUUUGUAAAUUAAGAGGUUCCUAGGCACCUUCACUGAAUGUGACUAUUUUGGGAAAAAAGAAUUUAGUGCAAUUCAGAUAUAAUAGUUCUACUUAUGCAAUCUAAUAAAUAUUUGUGCUUGUGGUUUGA